AUAUACAUUAUGAUAAAUACACUUGAUUUCUUGUUCUGAUCACCAUUACAACUUUCAUAUUCCACAGAGUUCACGUUUAAAGAGAGGUCAAAAAAAAAAAAAGAUUUAGUACAAUCACUUGACAAGUCAGAAUAAUUUGCCAAAAUUUGAUCAAGAACUACUUGGCCUUUGAUAAUGUUUGGAAAUGGAGUGGUUGGUAUCCUCUCAGAGGCGACCAACAAGUGGGAAAGACGGGCUCCCCUGACUCCUUCACACUGUGCUAGACUGCUGCAUGGUGGCAGGGGUAAGACUGGAGUGUCACGUAUCAUUGUGCAGCCAUCUACGAAGCGCGUUCAUCAUGAUGCACUCUAUGAAGAUGUUGGAUGUGAGAUAUCGGAGGACUUGUCCCAAUGUGGUCUCAUCUUGGGUAUCAAACAACCCAAGUUGGAGAUGAUUCUUCCUAAUAGGGCCUAUGCCUUCUUCUCCCAUACUCACAAGGCACAAAAGGAAAAUAUGCCCUUGUUGGAUAAGAUCUUAGCUGAAAGGGCAUCUCUGUUCGACUAUGAGCUUAUAGUUGAAGACACUGGAAAGAGGUUACUUGCAUUUGGAACAUUUGCUGGUAGAGCUGGAAUGAUUGACUUUCUACAUGGAUUAGGACUCUGGUAUCUCAAUCAUGGCUACUCAACACCUUUUCUCUCACUCGGCUCAUCUUACAUGUACUCUUCAUUGGCUGCGGCUAAGGCUGCAGUGAUUUCUAUUGGCGAAGAGAUAGCAACUAUGGGACUUCCAUCGGGAAUCUGUCCUCUUGUAUUUGUUUUCACUGGUUCUGGAAAUGUGUCUCGUGGUGCACAAGAAAUUUUUAAGCUUCUUCCUCAUACAUUUGUGGAUCCAAGAAAACUUCCAGAGCUACAUGAGAUGGCCUGGGAUCUUACUCAAUCGAAGCAGCCAUCAAAGCGAAUCUUUCAAGUGUAUGGUUGUGUAGCCACCUGCCAAGACAUGGUGGAACAUUUAAAUCCUUCAAAAUCUUUCAAUAAGGCUGAUUACUAUGCACAUCCAGAGCAAUACAAACCUGCUUUCCAUGAGAAAAUAGCCCCUUAUGCAUCUGUCAUAGUAAAUUGUAUGUACUGGGAGAGAAGGUUUCCGAGGUUGUUGACUACUAAGCAGAUUCAAGACCUUAUGAAAAAUGGAUGCCCACUUGUUGGAAUCUGUGACAUAACUUGUGACGUGGGAGGCUCGAUCGAGUUCAUCAACCAAACCACAUCAAUAGACUCACCUUUCUUCAGGUAUGAACCUUUCAACGAUUCGUAUCAUUAUGACCUAGAAGGUAAAGGUGUGAUGUGUUCAGCUGUUGAUAUUCUUCCCACUGAGUUUGCGAAAGAGGCAUCCCAACAUUUCGGAGACAUUUUGUCCCACUUUACUGUAAGCUUAGCUUCCUUUAGAAAUCUUGAAGAGUUACCUGCACACUUGAAGAGAGCUUGCAUAGCCCAUUAUGGAGGUCUUACUCAGUUGUAUGAAUACAUACCUCGAAUGCGGAAAUCUGAUCUAGAUGACCCUUCAAUAGUUCUUUCAAAUUCCAAUGGAAACGGGAGGAAAUACACCGUAUUGGUAUCUCUAAGUGGUCAUUUGUUUGAUAAAUUUCUCAUAAACGAGGCGUUGGAUAUUAUUGAAGCGGCAGGUGGCUCCUUCCACUUGGUGAAGUGCCAAGUUGGUCAAAUCACAAGUGAUUCGUCAUACUCAGAAUUGGAGGUUGGAGCUGAAGAUAAAUCCGUUUUAGAUAAAAUAGUUGAUUCUUUAACUUCCCUUGCUAAUUCAAGCAACUCUUUGGGAUCUCAAGACAAGGAAAACAACAUAUCUUUGAAGGUUGGGGAAUUCCAAGAAACAAUCAUGGAUGAGAAGUAUGACUCAAAGAAGGUCUUAAUUUUAGGUGCUGGUCGGGUUUGCAGACCAGCUGCAGAACUUUUAGCAUCAAUUGGUAGCAUGACAUCUAGGCAAUUGCCUAAAUCAUCUGUAACUGCUGAUUUUGAAGAGCAAAAUUGUGUCCAAGUGAUUGUUGGUUCUUUGUACUUGAAGGAUGCGGAGGAGGUUACUAAAGGUAUUCCAAAUGCAAAAGCAAUUCAGCUUGACAUUACGAGUCAUGAGUCUCUUUCUAGCUGGAUCGCACAGGUUGAUGUUGUCAUCAGCUUACUGCCUCCUAGUUGCCAUGGUGUUAUAGCAAAGGCAUGCAUUGAGCUGAAGAAACAUCUUGUCACGGCUAGCUACGUUGAUGAUUCUAUGUUAAAGCUAGACCAAGAUGCAAAAUCUGCUGGAAUUACUAUUCUUGGUGAAAUGGGUUUGGACCCAGGAAUCGAUCAUAUGAUGGCGAUGAAAAUGAUCGACCAAGCCCAUGCAGCAAAGGGAAAGAUCAGGUCUUUUGUUUCUUACUGUGGUGGUCUUCCCUCUCCAGCUGCUGCUAACAAUCCAUUAGCUUAUAAGUUCAGUUGGAGUCCAGCUGGAGCUAUACGAGCUGGGUGGAAUCCAGCAGCCUACAGAUAUCAAGGGGAAAAUAUAUUAAAUGCAGGUCAGAAGCUUUAUGAUUCAGCUGCAAAGCUUCGUCUUCCUGAUUUUCCAGCCUUUGCAUUAGAGUGUCUCCCAAAUCGCAACUCCUUAGUGUAUGGAGACUUGUAUGGCAUAUCAGAAGAAGCAUCGACCAUCUUCCGAGGAACACUACGCUAUGAAGGUUUUAGUCAAAUAAUGGGGACACUUGUGAAGAUAGGAUUCUUCAGUACAGAAUCUACUCUGAUUCUUAAGGAUGGGAUCAGAUCCACGCACAGCGCGUUUUUGCUUGGACUUCUUGGGAUCGAUGGAAAGAUUUUGCCUGAAUCAGUAAUUGAUGAAAAAUACAUCACAGAUAGGAUAUUAGCUCUUGGGCUUUGCACAGACAAGGACACAGCAGUCAAUACAGCAAAAACAAUAAUCUUUCUGGGAUUUCAAGAGCCUACAGAAAUACCAUCAUCCUGCAAAUCUCCAUUUGAAGUAACAUGUUUGCGCAUGGAAGAGAAAUUAGCAUACUCCAAAACAGAGCAGGAUAUGGUGCUUUUACACCAUGAAGUGGUAGUAGAUUACCCAGACGACCAUGCUGAAACUCAUAGAUCGACACUCUUGGCAAUGGGAAGGACGGAGAACGGGAAAGCCACCAUGGCCAUGGCUCUUACAGUAGGGAUUCCAGCAGCCACCGGAGCUCUGCUAUUACUUGCAAACAAGAUUAAAGCAAAUGGUGUAUUAAGGCCUAUUGAUCCAGAAGUCUAUGAGCCAGCACUGGAUAUUUUGGAAGCAUAUGGUUUCAAGUUGCUGGAGAAGAUUGAAUAAUCAAUAAUGACAUUUAAUUUGUACAAGUUGGUUCUGGUAUUACCAAUUUGAUAUCAAAAGCUCUUUUUUCUAAAGGGCUUCAUAUUAGUGUAAAAGAGUUCUGAUUAAACAAAAUAAAGUUGUAUAUUAUAUAAGAACUGGGUAAAGUGUCCGUGCUUCGCACAGGUGAAUUUCUUUAAUUAGGUUUCUCAUGAUCAUAGGCUAAUAUUCUCGUUUUCGAGUGAGUACACUGAUUUGUCAAUAAUAUAUUAUUCCUUUCUCUCUAUUUAUCUUUUCCUAUAGAUGUUUAAACAUUUAA